GGGACUUUAUUUACCUCCUCACAGCCGUGUGACCAGCUUUAUAUUCACGAAAGUCAGAGAAGUUUCUUCACCUCUGUUACAUCUCACACAGGAGACAUGAAACACAGCCACUGCGUCCCAGCUUUUGUCAGCAAACUUUGGACACUUGUAGAGGCUCCGUCAACGAACGACCUCAUCUGCUGGAGCCAAGAUGGCUGCAGUUUUCUUGUCCAGGAUGAGCAGCGGUUCAGCAAGGAAGUCCUGCCUCUUUACUUUAAACAUAGCAACAUGACCAGCUUUGUGCGCCAGCUCAACAUGUAUGGUUUCCACAAAGUGGUACAUAUGGACGCUGGCUUGCCUAAAGCUGACAGCCAGGUUAAUUGUGUCGAGUUUCAGCACGAGAACUUCCAGAGAGCGCAACCUCAUCUGUUGGGCCUUAUCCGCAGGAAGGUUUCAGUUAGCCGUGGAGUUGAAGAGGGAGGGCAGGUGUCUCAGGGACUCAUUCAGGUUAGUCAUGUCAGAGGCUGGCAAGACUCCUCAGACCUCAAACUCAUGGCUUUGUGCAGGGAUAAUGAGAGCUUGUGGCGAGAACUGGACUCAUUAAGACAGAACUAUCAGCAGCAGCAUAAAAUCAUACGCAAGAUGAUAAAGUUCAUCAUCAACAUCGUUCAGUCAAAUGGGAUAAAAGGUUGCAAAAGAAGACUCCCCAUGAUCAACCAUUCUGGGGAGUUUCAGUCUGCGCCGAAAUAUGCUCGUUCCUUCGGCGUGAAUCCCACCCUUACCACUUCCCCCCACCAAGAGAUCCCUUCGAUGCAAGAGCUGGAUGUGUCACCGGCUGAUGUGUACUCAAAUGGCAUGAUCAUCUCUGACAUCACCCACCUGCUGGAUCCCACACCUGAGCCUAGCAGAGAGCCAGUGACAGACAGCUUUCCCGCAACUCAAACCACAUUUUUAUCUCCCGCCUCCCCUACUCUGCCCUCCAUGGAGCUGGCACUGAAUUUGCUAGAUGACCCAGCUGCCCAGGAGUCUGAGGAAAUACCCUCUGAAAGUAAUGAUGUGUCGGAUCCACUGGCACUAAUUGAAUCCAGUUUAGCAGUGAUCCGCUCAUACGUUCCACCCUCACCAGACCUGGACAAUUUCAGCAAGAUCCUUAGUCCUGGCUGCCACAUCUCUGCUGUUAAAGACUCUGACACGAAAACCAAGAGCAAACAGAGAAGCCAGAAUGAAGCCGAUGCGCUACCUCACGCCGACACAGUUACACAGCAGCAGAGCCUGCAACAAAAUGCAGACCCGGAGCAGGAGCGCUACGAUAGUGGGGAGUAUUCAGAUAUCUUACCAUCCCUUCUGCAGCUGGUGCAGGAAGCAUCCAGCCUCUCCUUCAGUGAAACUACACUGCCUUUAGAGCUCUCUUUUAUCAUUUAAAACUCUAAUGCAUUUGAUAUUGUGCUGUGGUGGUUGAUAGUAAAAAGUGGUAUCUGAAACAGCCAAUAGUUGAUAGCUCUGCUGUUUAAUGGAAGGCUCAGUAUCAUUAUGCGGCAAUUGGAUAUAUGUAAAUUGUAAAUUAUGUAAAUUUUCCAUUGUGAUUUUUUUAUCCAUCAAUGAACUCUAACCUCUCUUGUUGACUCAAGAGUGAUUUCACAACAAACUUUUAGUCUAUUAGCACAAUUUACCAUGUGGGGUAAAGCAAUAGACCAAAAUGACAGAAAGCACUUUGAAUCAUCUGUGUUUUUUAAAAUUCAGUACAUGAUGGAAAAUUUUCCGUUAAUGCAACCUCUGCAGUGGGUGCUGUUUUAAAGGCAGCAUUUUUGUGUGGAAGGCUUGCCAUGAUGGUUUUAUUUUGCAGAAAAUCUGCUGCAUACACCCACCAAAUGUCUAAAUGUGUAACAACUAAUAUGCUAAUAAUAGAACUAAUGUGGCAAUUAAAGUUACUUAAGAGCAUGAUAUGCUAUUGAUACACAAUAUUUAUAUUUAUAUAUAUAUAUAUA